GACAGGAUUCUGUUGACUGUGAUGGCAAGCAAAGGCCGUCUACCACCUCAUUUACGGCGGUCUCUUCCUGUCCCUGGCAUGCUGCACCCUGAGCCAUUUGGUCCAGGCAUCCGCCCUCCACCUGGUGCCUUUCCUUUUGACGUGUUGCCUCCAGAAAUUAUGGAGCAGAAGCUUGCUCAUCAACAUAUGGAGAUGCAAAGGCUUGCAACAGAGAACCAAAGGCUUGCAGCAACACAUUCCACUCUGAGGCAACAACUAGCUGCUGCGCAACAAGAUUUGCAGAGAUUGCAGACCCGUAGUGGUGCUGUCCAUGCUGAGCAAGAGCAACAGUUGAGAGGUCUCAAAGAGAAGAUAGCAAUGAUGGAAGCUGACUUGAAAGCUGCUGAGCCUAUUAAAGUGGAGUUGCAACAUGCUCGUGCAGAAGCCCAAAGCUUGAUAGCAGCGAGAGAGGAACUUAUUCCAAAAGUGCAACAGCUGACCCAGGAUCUGCAGAAGAGCUAUGGGGAUCUUCAGCAAAUCCCUGCACUGAUGUCUGAACUGGAUGCUGUUAGACAAGAAUAUCAACAUUGCAG